GGACGAUAUUGCUGUGUCUUUUCGUUUCGUAAAAUAUAGGAUUUAAUUCGCGAAAAUCUUCGCGAAAAUAUGUUUUUUCUUUGCCUCGCAACGUGCAUUGUUCUUCAUUCCAUGGACGCAUUGGACACGUUCGAUCAUGAAACAAGGACUUUACUCAAUCGGAUGGACAACUCGUUCGAAUUCCUGAAUCAAGCAACUGCCAAUCUUGAGUGGAAAAUCCUCAGGAACGCUUCGGUCGUGUCGUCAGACGUGUACGCGUCUGUCUUUCAACUGAGGCUGAAAUGGAAGAGUCAUGGGUGCGCGGAGUUGAUGAAUAUUCAGAAUAGUGGAGUAUUUAUAAACAGACGAUUAUUGCAUUUUAUGUGUCAUGGACCAAAGUACACGGAUAAGAUGAUGAGGAAAAUCUCCAUUAUUAAGGAGUUAUUAUCUUCUACCUACGACUUCGCACGGAUUUGCAAAAUCGAGGAUCACGGACGGAGAUGUUAUUACGGCGAGUCGGACGUGACGAAGUUAAUGGCGACUUCGAGAGACGAGAGGGAACUGCGUUGGGCUUGGUCCGCUUGGAGGGAUCGUAUGAGCGGCAUGAAGUGGCCCUUCGCGCAGCUGGUCGUUCUUGAAAAUGAGGCAGCGCGAAGUAACGGCUACACGGAUGUCGGAGCGUAUUGGAGGGAAGAAUUCGAAAUCCCGAACUUGGAGAGCGUAUUCGAGGAGAUGUAUCGACGUGUCAAGCCUUUAUAUCGUCUUCUUCACGCUGUCGUGAGAUUUCAACUCGCGAGACUGUAUCCUAACGUUGUCGACACGUCUCAAGCGAUACCUGCUCAUCUAUUGGGCAACUUAUGGUCGCAGAGUUGGGAAGCGUUGAUCGACGUGGUGUUUCCGAAUUAUACCGCGAUCAUGCCGGAUCUGAUGGAUUCGAUGAGGCGGCAAAAUUACAGUAUAACGGAGAUGGUGAGAGAGGCGGAAAAUUUCUACGUCUCCCUUGGAUUCCCGUUGUUGACGUCGGAGUUCUGGAGGAAUUCUGUAUUCGAACGAGGGGCUGGUGAAGCCUCCAACUGUCAUGCGACUGCUGUUAACAUGUACAAGAGAAAUGACUUCAGGAUCUUUGCAUGUCUCGAGACGAAACCGCAAGAUUUCAACGUUAUUUAUCAUGAGUUAGGUCACAUACAAUACUACAUGGCAUACCAGAACCAACCGUCGUUCUUCAAGAAUGGCAUCAACACCGCUUUCCACGAGUCGGUGGGCGAUGCGAUCGCAUACGGUGCGACUUCUCUUCGACAUAUGCGGCGUUUGGGCUUGGUACGUGACACAUACGCAUCGACUGAUUUAUUAGAGACAGCAGUUCUCGUGAGACAAGCUCUGCUGAAAAUACCGCAGUUGUUGAGCGGACUGGUAAUAGAAAAGUGGAGAUGGUCGGUGUUCUCCGGCAGAACGAAGUCUUGGGAGUACAACAAAGUGUGGUGGGACCUGCAUCGUCGCUACAUGGGCAUCGCACCGCCAUCGCUAAGAUCUGAAAAGUUCUUCGAUGCCGCGGCGAAGUAUCACGUUUCCCAUGGUAUACCUUAUGCCAGAUAUUAUCUAGCAAGUUUCCUGCAAAUUCAACUGUUUCAAGGAAUGUGCAAGGCGUCCACAGGUCUGAAAGUCGACUCCACGAUAUUCAAUACGAACUUCCACAAAUGUGACAUUUACGGAUCAAAAGAAGCGGGAAGGAUUUUAAGGUUUGAAGCAAUCGCCAUCUAAU